CCACCGCUACCGAGUAGUAUCGUGCAAUCCCUUUGAAACUUGUUGGCUGGCAACGCAAGAGCGUGCGUCGACGUUUUGCCUGUUUUAAAUAUAUUUCGGCCAAAUUCACAGCAUGUCGCGCAGAAAGGAUCACGAGGAAACGGACAAGCAGACACGUAUUGCCAUCGUGAGCGAUGACAAAUGCAAACCGAAGCGUUGUAGGCAGGAAUGCAAGAAGUCCUGCCCCGUGGUGCGCAUGGGCAAACUCUGCAUUGAAGUGACGCCCACAUCGAAGAUAGCAUCACUGUCUGAGGAGCUCUGCAUAGGUUGCGGUAUCUGUGUCAAGAAAUGUCCAUUCGAGGCUAUCACAAUUAUUAACUUGCCCAGCAACUUGGAGAAGCACACAACGCAUCGUUAUAGCAAAAACUCCUUCAAGCUGCAUCGCCUGCCCAUUCCACGACCCGGAGAGGUGCUUGGUUUGGUUGGUCAAAACGGUAUUGGCAAGUCAACGGCGUUGAAAAUCCUUGCAGGCAAGCAGAAACCCAAUUUAGGCAAAUAUGCUAAUCCCCCCGACUGGACGGAGAUUUUGGCCUACUUCCGUGGCUCUGAGCUGCAAAAUUACUUCACCAAGAUAUUGGAGGAUAACCUUAAGGCGCUGGUCAAACCACAGUAUGUGGAUCAAAUUCCCAAGGCAGUGCGCGGCACAGUGGGUGACCUGCUCGAUAAGAAGGACGAGCGUGCGAUACAGACGCAAAUCUGCGAUAUGUUAGAUCUGUCACACAUUCGGGAUCGCGAGAUUUCCCAACUUUCUGGCGGAGAACUGCAGCGUUUUGCCAUUGCCAUGGUGUGCAUACAGAAUGCAGAUAUUUUCAUGUUUGACGAGCCGUCUUCCUAUCUGGACGUGAAGCAGCGUCUGAACGCUGCCUUGACUAUUCGCUCCUUGCUACAUCCGACCAAAUUCAUUAUUGUGGUGGAGCACGAUUUGUCCGUGCUGGACUACUUGUCCGAUUUUAUUUGCUGUCUUUACGGUGUGCCCGGCUGCUAUGGUGUAGUUACUAUGCCUUUCUCGGUGCGUGAAGGCAUCAACAUUUUCCUGGAUGGCUUCGUGCCCACGGAGAACAUGCGAUUCCGUACGGAGUCGCUGACAUUCAAGGUGUCUGAGUCGGCCACCGAGGAGGAAAUCAAGCGCAUGAAUCAUUAUGUGUAUCCAUCAAUGGUUAAAACGCUGGGCAAGUUCGAGCUUACCGUCGAGAAGGGUCACUUCAGUGACUCUGAGAUUCUUGUGCUGCUCGGCGAGAACGGUACUGGCAAGACGACGUUUAUUCGCAUGCUGGCUGGCAAUCUGCAGCCCGAUGGUGAAGUCGAACUGCCUAUGUUGAAUAUUUCCUACAAGCCGCAAAAGAUUUCACCCAAAUUCCAAAAUCAUGUGCGUCAUUUGCUGCACGAUAAGAUUCGCGAUGCCUAUGUGCAUCCGCAGUUUAUAGCGGAUGUUAUGAAGCCCAUGAAGAUUGAGGAAAUCAUGGAUCAGGAAGUUCAAAAUCUUUCCGGUGGUGAAUUGCAGCGCGUGGCGCUGGUGCUCUGCUUGGGCAAGCCUGCCGAUGUCUACCUCAUUGACGAACCUUCCGCCUACUUGGAUUCUGAGCAGCGUCUAGUGGCCGCCAAGGUUAUCAAGCGCUACAUUUUGCAUGCAAAGAAAACUGGUUUUGUGGUGGAGCACGAUUUCAUUAUGGCCACUUACUUGGCUGAUCGUGUCAUUGUUAUUGAGGGUCAGCCCUCGGUGAAGACAACCGCAUUCUCACCGCAAUCGCUGUUGAAUGGCAUGAACAGAUUCCUGGAGCUGCUGGGCAUUACCUUCCGACGUGAUCCCAACAACUUUAGGCCGCGUAUCAACAAGAACGCCUCGGUUAAGGAUACGGAGCAGAAACGUUCCGGUCAAUUCUUCUUCUUGGAGGAUGAGGCGUGCUCUUAAGACAGCUGCUCGAGCAGACAACAAACCACACACAAAUUCUGUAAUUCAGCGUACAUAUUGUAUACAACUCAAAUUGAAUUGAAUGCCGUCAGCUUUGUUGGACGCCUCGUUUUUUAAAUUCAUUUCACUUGCUCUCGCGAUAUAUUUUUCUUUUUCAAAGUUCACUUGUCCCUAUUGCAUUUUUUUACAAAAUCAUAUAUUUCAACAUAUAUUCUGUUGUUAUUGUUGCCCAGCAUUAAGUACAAUUAAUUAAUCGAUCGAUCAUUGUGGGAAUUCUUUAAAUCAAGUUUUUUAUAUAAAAAUAAAAGAUAUAAAAACCAAUAGGAAAGGC